AUGCCGGAAAUUCCAAUUAAUAAAUUAAUUAUCCUUGCUGCUAUUGCUGUAUAUGUAAUCGCUAAGUUAUUAAUUGCCAGGAACUAUUUUGAGAACAAAGCAAGUGCCAAGAAUUCUUUAAAUUAUUUUCGAUAUGUUCGAAAAAUCUAUAAAAGAGCUCCACUUCCAUCCAACAUCAUUAUUCGCAUCGAAUUCAAACUUAACAAAAGAAAAUCAUUUCUCUUUACAUUCAAAUUCUUAAUCUUCAUCAUGGUCGCCAAAUCAUUCGUUUUCAUCGCCUUGGUUACGUUGAGCAUUGGGUUCGUACUCUCUGGGCAGGCAAAUCCUCUGCCUAACAAUAAAUCACCCCAACUUUUCAAACGCAGCGGCUGCGAGGAUGGUUCUUAUUAUAGCAACAAUUAUGUGAAAAUCCCAUGUGAUUACGAGAUAACCAAGGAUUGUGUAAUCUACAUCGGCCAAUAUGUGAUUCCUAAACCAGCCAUUAUAUAUCAUAGUAGUAAUGUGUUGAUUAAUUUAGGAGCAUGUGAUGGUUUAAAUUUGGAAACUCCAAUUAAAUAUAUGAAGAUUACAACCCCAAGAUACGGUAUACAUCGCAUAUAUGUUAGACCUACGCACACGACUUAUGAUUAUUCUGAAGAACAUAACUCUAGCACUAGUUCCAGUUCCAGCUCUCAUAGUGAGUUGCAUGUCCAUGGUGGUGAUGAUGAUAGUUGUGGCUCUGACUCUGAUGAUUGUGGAA